GUUCAUCCUCAUGCAGAUUUAUCUGCACUCGUUAUAGAGACUGAACCCAAAUGAUACUGUAUUUUUGUAAUCCCAAAAAAGAAAAAAAAUAAAGCUAUCUAGAUCAUCAAAUCAAUCCACCUAGGGAUUAUCAAACUCCACACUCUCCCAAGUUCAAGAUUAGCCAAUUUCUUCCCUAUAUAAAUCCUCACAGAUCCCCUGCACUCAAAACACCAACAUAAGUCAUUCCCCAAAAAAGAAAAAACCAUAUAAACUUCUUUCCAAAAAAAAAGGAAAAAAACACAACCAUGAUGAAGAAGAGCAUUAUCUUCUCAACGUUGCUGGUCCUUUCCCUUGUCUUUGCAGCUUCUCAUCUGAGCAAUGCAGCUGCCAUAAGCUGCGGGACGGUGGUUUCGGGCGCGGCACCGUGCCUCUUGUUUGUUCAGGGCAAGGCGGGACCCGUCCCGUCUAAGCCCUGUUGCCAGGGGCUCCAGAGGGUAGCUCAGAGUGUGAAGAGCGUGGAUGACAAGAAGGCGGUUUGCCGAUGCCUGAAGGAUGGUGUCAAGAGCUUUGGUGGUGGAGUUCAGGAUGCUUUCUUGAGCAAAAUCCCUGGUGCUUGCCACAUCAAUGUUGGUUUCCCUGUCUCCUCCAAGACCAAUUGUGAGACCAUCCACUGAAAAUAAUUGGUUUCUGGAGACUUGAGUUGGAA